ACACGGCGAGAGAGAGAGAGUAGAGAAAAUAUCUCCGGAAAAUAGAAACCAAAAGAACUGUUUUAUCUGUGAAGAGUGUGUAGUCAACUGAAAAAAACCGAACGAAGAGCAAAUGCCAAUUGCUCUGACGAAUUAUUGCCAUCUUCCUUCUAACAAGAAUUGGAUGCCACUCAUUUUACCCAGAAGAAGAUUGGCUCUUGUUGGGUCUCGCUUUCUUUCUUUCCAUGCAAACGUCAUGCCCCCAAUUCUAGUAUCAGCUAAUGGGAAAGAGUUAGAAGUGGAUAAAGUUAGUGUCUUGAAGAAGAAAAUGGAGUUUCUUGGAAUUAACUGUGACCGUUCUUCCAUACCUGGAAAAUUCAGUCACUUGCUUUGUCCCAAGUGCAAGGGUGGCAAAUCAGUGGAGAGGAGUUUGUCUUUACAUAUCAUCCAAGAUGCGGAUUUUGCAAUGUGGAGAUGUUACCGUACUUGUUGUGGAUGGGCAGGACAGGCCUUUGCAGAUGACAGGGCGACUAACGAAGGAAUGAACAUAAUGUUAAAAGUCAAUACCUCUAGGCAAACGACAUCAGAGGGCAUAGCACUAGAACCACUGGGUGAGAAGCUAAUUGCAUACUUCAGUGAUAGAGGGAUAUCUAAGGAAACCCUUCGGAGAAAUUCUGUCAUGCAGAUGGCUGCUGAUCAGGAUGUCAUUGCUUUUACUUACAGACAAAAUCGAGUUCUUGUUGGUUGCAAGUACCGGACAACGGAGAAAAAGUUUUGGCAGGACAAGGGCACAGAAAAAUGGUUAUAUGGGCUGGAUGACAUAAAUGAAACCACAGAAAUUAUAAUUGUUGAAGGGGAAAUAGAUAAGCUUUCAGUGGAGGAAGCUGGCUUUCGGAAUUGUGUAAGCGUUCCUGGCGGUGCACCACAAGUUGUUUCCACUAAAGAUGUGCCACCAUUGGAAAAUGACAAAGCAUAUCAAUAUCUGUGGAACUGCAGAGAUUACUUGGAUAAGGUUUCUCGCAUUAUUCUGGCAACUGAUGGUGACGUGGCUGGGCAAGCGUUGGCUGAAGAGUUAGCACGCCGGCUAGGAAAAGAAAGAUGUUGCAUUGUACGAUGGCCGAAGAAAGAUCACUCCCGCUGUUUCAAAGAUGCAAAUGAGGUUCUGAAGUGUUUAGGGCCAAUUGCUCUGAAGGAAGUAAUUGAAACUGCAGAGCUAUAUCACUCGCAUGCCAUAAGUCAGGCUAUUUAAAUUUUGUGCUUGAGACCAAAAAAAAUAAAUAAACACAUUCCAUAUAAAGUAGAGGGAUUGUACACAGAUUUUGAAGCCAUUGGCAGGGAUUUGAAGAUUUUGCAGAACUGCAUAUGAGACCUACAUGUAUCACCCAUUGUUAUCCUUAUUGGUAAUGAAGAAAGGAUAUCAUUGAUCUGA